UAAUUUAUUUACUUUAAGGAGGCUGGUGUGCGUCCCGUGGCCAAUUUAACCUACGCCACCUGGAUUCACCUUCGGUCGUGCUCCCUCGCCGCGUUGCUCGCUUCUUGUCUUGAAAUAAAAGAGAGGAAGCAAAGCUUUUAUGGUGUCCGGGUUGGCGUUGCUUCAGACUGGUGUCUGGGGUUUCGUUCGCAAGGUUGAGGGGGCUGAAAUGUGGGGAGGUUAGGAGAUCUUGGUGGGAUCUUUUAGAUUCUAAAACAUGUAAACUAUUCUAUGGACAACAGAUGCUGUGAGAAUCUCUUGGCCUGGGAAAGAAAAAAAGGGAGUUUGCUGCUAACUGUAUAGCUCUACUGCAAAUAUGGAAGAUGAAAAUGGGCUUGAACUAAGCUUGGGCCUUUCUUGUGGGGGAUCCUCAGGGAAAUCUAAAGGCAGAGAUGUUCCUUCAGAUACCAAAGUAGAUGAUGGUAGUGGUACCAAAUUGUCGGGUGGCAAGGUAACUGCUUCUGAUGUCUCAUUCAAGAACUUCUUUCAAACGAGUGUUGAGAACCAAGACCAUAAUGGGAAACAAAAGGUUGAUCCAGUUUCACUACCGCAUGAGAAGUUCUGGACAGAUCUUUAUAAGCAUGCUGCCCCUCUGGCAGAUGGUUCCAAUGAUGUGCAUAGCAGUCAGGCACACUUCACCAGGUAUCAAGAGCAGCGGAUUCCAAAUAACAAAACAACUGACGCCGAGGAAGAGAAAUCUGGCAGCAGCAAAUGUAAAUUGCCAUUUGAGGGGAUAAAUCUUCAAAAGAAGCAUGAAAGGGCAGUUGACCAUGGUGAUGCACAAGGUAAGGUCCCUACUGGUAAUAAAUUAUUGAAAAGAUCACAUGUUUCAGUUACUACGGAAGAUUGUUCCUCUGGUGAAAAUGAAGAUGCUGCAGAGUCAGAAGCAGAAGGCUCAAACUCUUGGUUGGUUUCGCAGCUUGAGGACAGUUCCAAAAGUGAUAAACGUGUUAUUGAUAAACAUGUUUUGAAUGAUCAAAGUGGAGUUAGUUUUCAAGGGCAGAAACAGCCAUCUUUCUCAGGGAAUGAUUCCAAUCAAGAAACUGGGAAAGUGGCAUACAGGAUUCCGUCUCUUCAACCAUCGACCGUCAUGACUGUCCCGCAUCCAAUACCAGUUAAGGUGCCAACUAUUGCAAAUGCGCCUAAUGCAACAAGGUUUCCUUCAUCAUGCGUCAUGCAACUGAUGCCUCUUUCAAAUAGUGAACGGCCUGUGGUCCAAACAAUGAAUACUAGCAACUUGCAGCUUGCUUUUGGUUAUUCACCAGUCCAGCUUCCGACUUUGGAGACAAAUUCUUCCUGGGCUUUUGGUUCUCAGCCUCAGCAUGCAUCUUCCUCUGCCAUAAAAGAUAAUGCUGAUGGAGCCUUACAACAUUCGGCGGGUGAUGCGAAGAGCUCUCAUGGUCAUUGUUCGUCAUCAGCUUUUAUGUAUGAGGGAAGAUCAUCAGAUUUGGGGAAAAGCAGUGGUAAACAAAUUGGGGAGGCUGGUGCAUCUUCUUCUUCUCAGGCUGAAGAGGAGGACAAGGGAAGCAAUACAAUCUUCAGGCAAAAGGAAACAGCAAACCAACGUGUUGCAGAAAGCUUUUCCCAUGGAGGAUCUGCUAUCAGGCCAGGUAUGUUUGCAUCGGAUGUGAAAAUUGGAGGAUGUGGCUCUUAUCCAGAUCUCCCAUGGGUUUCGACCACUGCGCCAGGCCCAAAUGGGAAAACCAUUUCUGGCGUUACCUACAAAUACAACAGGAACCAAAUAAAGAUUGUCUGCGCUUGCCAUGGGUCUCACAUGACCCCAGAAGAGUUUAUUCAACAUGCAAGUGCAGAUGCAUCCAACCAGGAAAAUAAUCCAAGUUUAGCCGCAUUUCCUGCUAGCAAUCCACCAGCUUCGGCCCAGAACUGAUCAAGCUCUUCAGAAUCUUGUGCAUCUAUCUGUAAUGGUGAAUUAUGCAGCAGGAUAUUGCUGAGGGAAUUGGUAUUGUUUUUAAGCUAAUCUCAUGUUUCUUGCUCCAUUUGUAGUUACCUUGUCACUCUUUAUGUAAUCAUGUAGUUGCAAUAUCAUAGUUAUAAAAACACGGUUCAUCUAUUCCCUGAGUUCAUUCUUGUAUGAGCCUGACCUGCCAACCUGGAUGUUGUUUCGCUAUGAGUUUUGAAGUGCAAAUUUAUUUUUCUCUCUGA